UUACAAUAUUAUUUUAUAAUCCUCUCACUUACUCUCAUUACGUUCGUUCCUUACUUGCUUCACCAAGCUACCACACUCGUUUAAUUACCGCCAAUUGCUUUUUAAAUCAAUAAAUUAGUUAUUUAUACUUCAAAAAUGAAAUUCUCCACUGGUUUGCUCUUAUCCAUCUCUGCUUCUUUAGUCGCUGCAGGUGGUUAUAAAAAUGCCACUGUCAGUACUCUUACUGUCACUGAUUGCGAUAUUGAAACUGUUGUUGUCACUGAAACCUACUGUGGUUCAUCAACAACCUGUCUCGAAGUUCCAGUCACCACUGGUCUCACCACCUUGACUGAAACCAUCAAAGGAACUGUUACUCUUUUCACUACCUACUGUCCAUUGCCAACCACUAUCUGUGACGAUACUUUAUGUGUUGUUACCAACCCAUCUACUGAAACUGAAUUUGAAACUCUCACCCAAACCAAAACUCUUACUUACUGUGAAUAUGAAGACACUUGCGAAACUAUUGUUGCUACCAAGGUCCCAGAAACCCCAGAGUCCGAAGUUCCAGAAACCACCCCAGUUGCUGAAUCUCCAAAAUAUCCAAUCACCUACCCAGCAUCUGCCAAUGCUACCACUGAAGAAGAUGUUACCAUCACCUCCAAAUACAUCUCUUAUAUUACUAUUUGUGAAGACGAUGUCUGCGAAACCUCUACUCUUACUUGUGUUGAUGAAGUUUGUGAAUCUGCCCCAGUCAGCAGCACUAAGGCAGGUAAUGAAACUGUUCCAGGUGUUAGCUCCGCCAAUGGCGCUGUCAAAAUUGCUGCCUUUGGUGCCUCAGCCCUUUUCGGUUUUGUUGCUUUAAUGGCCAUCUAAGUGAAUUAACUUCUAGCUGGUUUCUCUUUUGUUUUCUUCAAUUCUUUAAUUCAAUUUCUUUACCUCAGUUUUAUUCUGGCUAUGCUUUAGAUAAUUGUUUUGUGUGUAAUUUACUAUUUUACUAUUUUGCUUAAUAUUAUUUGCUUAUUUUUCAAUUAGUACCCAAUAUGUAUUUAUCAUCUGCUGUAGCUUCCAACUUUAAACGCCUUUUUUUGGGAUCGUGUACAAACGCAUCUCGUGCAUUGCCUUGCGCUUUGUAUACUC